GCUUGUUUCAUUCCUCACGCGACCGGCUUUCAAGUAACAUCGUUCUUUCGAAAUUUUUGAAAUCAACUAAUCGAUAUUUUUUGAUUAUUUAAGAAAUGAAUCAAGUACAUUAAUAAUACGUAUUUAUUAAUUGACAAAAUUAUUUUUAUCAAGUGAUUAUUCAGUGUUCAACCAAAAAGUAUACCAUUUCUGAAAAACCAAAAAAUGUGUAACCGAAUUUCCAUAAUAUUUUUUCUUAUUCUCGGAAUUGUUUUUUUAAGGAUCACAGAAGGAAGACCACGUAUUCGACAUCACAAAGGAGAUUCUAAAUGUAGCAGAUGUGGUCCAGGAUGGGGUGUGACGAAAAUUUGCACACCAUAUCACGACACUGAAUGCAACAAGUGUGAACAUGGCACUUACAGUCCCCAUCACAACCUCCAAUCAUGCUGGCUAUGCUCAAGAUGUGGUCCAGGACUCUAUGAAGCGCAUCCAUGUACUCCCAAGACUGAUACUGUUUGUGAUUCCUGCCAUCGUCAUGCUUUGGAUAACCUUGACUACCAGAAAAAAUGUAAAGGACACAAAAAUUUAUUCUUGGCUCCAGAAGAUGCAAGAAGUACAGGAGAAGAAAGUUCAUUAGUGAAUGAAGAAGAUGAGAAUAUUGAUGAAAAAGAACGAGAAGAAAUUCUGAGAGAUGAUAUUCGAGCUGAAUUACUAGAUGAAGAGAAAUUUAACGAAGAAUCAUCUUCAUAAAUAAAUUAAAAAGUAGCCAAUUGAAAAAUUAAUCCAUAAAUCUAUUGAUCAGAUAUUUAAUUAUCUAAAAUUGUGAAACUAGUCAGCGAAAAUAUGGAUGUUCUAAUAACAAUGUAUAUAUUUUAAUAAUUUAUUUCAUUAACUCGGUUUACAGACAUUAGGAUUAAUUAAAAGUGAAGCUCUCAUUAUUAAUUAGGUAUUAACCUCUUCACAUACUCUUAAUUAAAUUAAGCGUUAACUUAAUUAAAUUAAACUAUUUUCAACCGUGCUAUUAUCUAGCAAUAAUAUUAUUGAA